AUGAGCAGGCCCAGUCUUCUCUCUAUCUCUCACUUUCCCUUGGAGACUGAGCUUGGGAACAUGCAGGGACUGCUCUCCUUUUCUCUUCUCAUCACUACAUGGGCUUCCCAGUCCUGCUGCAGGGCACAAGCCAAUGGUCAAGCUGCUGAUGGGGAAAAGGCAACACAAGUCACUGGACUGCAUCAGAGGAGAGAGUUCUGCCACUGGCCAUGCCAGUGCCCUCAGCAGAAGCCCAAGUGCUCACUUGGUGUAAGUCUGGUGAAAGAUGGCUGUGGGUGCUGUAAAAUCUGCGCCAAGCAGCCUGGGGACACCUGCAAUGAGGCAGAGGUCUGCGACCCCCACAAAGGCCUGUAUUGUGACUACUCUGCGGACAAGCCUAGGUAUGAGACAGGAGUGUGUGCAUAUCUCGUAGCUGUAGGAUGUGAACUCAACAGGAUGCAUUAUCACAAUGGCCAAGUUUUUCAACCUAAUCCCUUGUACAAAUGUCUAUGUGUGAGUGGUGCCAUUGGGUGUACACCCUUAUUCAUACCAAAGCAACUAGACAGUCAGUGCUCUGGCCCCAAAGGUGGAAAAAAGUCUGACCAACCCUACUGUAACUUGAAACUGCUGCAACAACAGAUAUCAGCAAGCUACCAAGCAAUGCCAGUUUAUAAGAAUCUCCCACUUGUCUGGAAGAGGAAGUGCCUUGUGCAGGCCACAACAUGGACACCCUGUUCUAAAACAUGUGGUCUAGGAAUAUCCAACAGGGUUACCAAUGAAAAUAGUCUCUGUGAAAUGAGGAAAGAGAAAAGAUUAUGUUAUAUUCAGCCUUGUGACAGUAACACAUUAAAAGCUGUGAAGAUACCCAAAGGAAAAAAAUGCCAGCCUACCUUUCAACUUUCUAAAGGAGAGAAACUUUCCUUUUCUGGAUGCUUGAGUACUCAAAGCUACAAACCAACUUUCUGUGGAAAAUGCCUGGAUAAGAGAUGCUGCAUUCCCAACAAGUCUAAGAUGAUUACUGUACAAUUUGACUGCCCAAAUGAAGGGUCAUUUACGUGGAAGAUGAUGUGGAUCACCUCUUGUGUAUGUCAGAAGACUUGCAGAGAUCCAGGAGAUAUCUUUUCUGAGCUAAAGAUUCUAUAA